CACCUCCUCCAUAUUGAACUGCUCACCAUUCAUGAGAUGAACAAGGUCUUUCCACAGCUCUCUGCCAUUGCACAUACAGUUGCUCAGGCUAGAAUGCUUCAUCUUCCUGUUGACAUGCAAAACCCUCCUCAAACCCUCCUCAUCCUUCCAGUUUCAGCCCAGAUGAUCACCUCUUCCUUUACGAGGCCUUCUCUCCUCCCAAACACACAGCCUCAAUGUGUCCACAUCUCUGUUCACAUCCUGGUGAUAGCACUACUCUAUCCUGUGCUUUGACCUUGGUCUCACUUCCUUUCUGUGACCACCUCAAGGGAGAGACCAUGUCUUCUUCAUCUUUGAAUCAAGAGUCCUUAAUUCCUUCUACCUGACUGUCAAUAGGGUAGUUACAUGUUUGGGGCAUGAAUAAAUGAAACAACACUCUUAGAGAAUUAGUGUCAUCUUUUCUAAAAUAUCUCUCUUUAGUCAACAGCCACUCUCCAAAUGCCAACUAUGGAAGAUAUAAUAGGAGCUUGUCAAUGAAAUAAAAAAAUACUAUACCCUACCAUAAUAGAGUUGUUAGAAUAAAUGAGAAUUAAGUGCAAAGAACUUACUGCAGAGCCUGGAACCUGAGAGGCUCAGUCCUGGAAUGGGAGGCAGACUAGGUAAGUGGUUAAGAUCCCAAAUUUUACAGCCUGACUCUCUGGGUUUGUUUACUGGAUCUGUACCAUGGGCAAAUUACCUAACCUCAAAGGGUCUCUGCUUCCUCAGUGGUAAAGCAGAGUAAUAAUGAUAGCUACUUUGUGGGACUGUUAGAAGAGUUUGUAAAUGUAAAACAUUUAGAACAGUACCUGGCACCAAGAAAGCAGAGGCAUCCUAAAAAUUCUUUGAAUUACUUUAAACAUUGGGUGUAUCCUAGUAAUUCCACUCCUGGAUAUACACCAAACAGAAACAAAUGUUUCCAUCCAAUAAAAAGCAUGUACAAGAAUGUAGUAUAUUCACGUAACUGCACUAUUACACAACGAAAAUGAAAAAAUUACUACCACACUCAUGGGUGAAUCUCACAAUGUUGAACAAAAGAAAAUAAAUGAAUUCAUACCAUGUGAUUCUAUUUAUAUGAAGUUCAAAAAUGGACCAAAAUAGUAACCUAUGGUGAUGGAGGUUAGAAUCACGUUUACUCUGGCAGAAUGGUACUGACUUCCUGGGGACCUUCCACGGUGCUGGAAAUUUUCUGUAUUAAUAUCUUGAUAUGGGUGUAUUUACAUGUAAAAUUAAGUGGUACGCUUAAGAUUUAUAAAUUUCUCAUUUGUAAAUUAUACAUCAAUAAAUGGAAAUUAUUUUUUUAAUGAACAAAUAAUGAAGUAAUCAUUGUGUGUGGGGGGGAUGCCCAACAAAAUACUGAUUUUGUUGGGCAUCCCAAUCCUUAUGUUACAGAUUAGUGUUUAUUAUUGUUUGUUUUGUUUUAAUUACACAUGAGGUGGCCACCAUGAUCUCUCUGUGCUUAAAACCUCUAAAAAGUCUUAACCUGGCCAUGACAAACCUUCACUAAAUCGUAGAUAUUAUUAUGACUGUUUUUAUUAGAAACAAAAAAACCCCACUAAACUUGCUCUUGCAAAGCCUUUAUCUAUUUUGUGCAACAGGAACAAUAACGAUGUCAGCCCUCUAUUCAUACAUCAGUUCACUUAUCCAUCCAAUGCGUUUUAUUAAACACCCAAGUAUGCCAACACUGAGCUUGGCAUAAAUCUAGAAUGUAGUGAAUACAUUCCCUCUGCCUAGAUCUCUUUCCACACGGUUAGUUCCCUGUAAUCAUGCCAAUCCCUGUUUAAAUGUCCCCUACACAGCAAAGCCUUCUCUGACCUCAGCGUCUCACCAUUCAUUCCCUACCACCGUCACUAGAUCAUCAAAUUGCAAGGCUCUGACCAAAAACAAGUCCUGUCAAUUCCAUCUCUUUAACAGCGUUCUAACUGAUUUACUGCUCUCUAGCCCAUCUGCCUUCACUCACAUUUUUUCACAGACUACUGCUGCCAAAGGUGAACUCGUCUCUGCUUCCGCUCUUCCAAUCUCUCUCUCUAAUACAUUCUUCACAUACUAGUCAGAGUGAGCAUCUAAUAAAAUCUGAUUCUUUUCUCACCAUACCCUCUGCCCAGGCGAUUUCACCCCCUUUACCCACUUCCCCUCCCACCCAUCUCCAAUGAGCUCAGUUAUCUUCAAUAACUCCUACUUCAAAUACACUUCUGAGGUGCUAAAAUUAGUAGACAAAAGCUUUAUGAGAAACAGGAUAUUACAAAGACUCAAAGUAUCUCCCACAAUUACAAACGGAAAAAGAAUUUUACAAUGGAGAAACCUGAGAGAUACCACUUUAAUAUGUAAUCAGGAUUAACACUAGUGAUAGGACAAAUCAAGUCACAUGCCCCCUGGUAUGGCUCACUUCUGCAGUAUUCCUGCCACAAAUGCAUGUCCUAAGUCCAAAUCUUAGAAAGACAUUAGACAAACCCAAAUUGAGGGACUCGCUACAAAAUAAAUUGUCUGUACUCUUCAAAAAUGUCAAGGUCAUGAAACACAAAGAAAGACUAAGCAAAUAUUCCAGAUUAAUGGAGACCAAAGAGACAUAACAACUGAAUGCAACAUGUGACCCUACCUUGGAUCCUGGACCACAAAGUUAUUUUCAUUUUAUGUAAAUGACAUUAGUGGGACAAUUGGCAGCUUUUGAGUAAGAUCUGUAGAUAAUAGUACUGUGUCAAUGUUAACUUCCAUAGUUUCACGAUUAUAUUGUGGUAUGUGAGAAAAUGUCUUUUUUAAUCUAAAUGCACAUUAGUAAGUAUAUAUUAAAUUUCUCCAGGGGGGGGGAAUUUCUCCAGAGAAUAGGAUAUAUAUGAAAGGAGAAAAAUUUAUUGUAAGGAAUUGGUUCACAUGAUUAUAGAGGCUGACAAGUCCCUAGUUCUGUAGGGUGAGUCAGCAAGCCGGAACCCAGGAGAGCUGAUGGUGUAGUUCCAGUCUGAAGGCUGGCAGGCUGGAGACCCAGGAAGAGCCAAUGUCUCAGCACAAAGUCAAACAGGCAGGAAAGAACUCUCCUGGGGAUGGUCAGCCCUGUGUCCUAUUCAGGCCUUCCACCGAUUGGAUGAGGCCCACCCACGUUAAGGAGGGCAAUCUGCUGUAUACAGUCUAUUACUUAGAUGUUAACCCCACCCACAUUAGGGAGGGCAAUCUGCUUUACACAGUCUAUUAUUUAGAUGCUAACUUCAUCCAAAACACCCUCACAGAAACACCAAGAAUAAUGUUUGAACACCCUGUAGCCCAGCCAAGUUGAUACAUAAAAUUGAUGUUAACAUCUGGGUAUCAGGGUGAAGGAUAUACUAUUGUAAACCCCAUGAAAACAGGGUCUGCUUUAUUCCCCAGCCAGCAGGACUGGCCUGGCGCACAAUAAUUAUGUAUUCAAUAACAAGACUUCCAUUUUCUUGUAAGAAAUGUUUGAAUGCUUGAAUAUUUGGCUUGUAUGUAUAGACUUAAUUUUCUUCAUGUAAAAAAUGAAGGAGCUGGGCUAGAUGACCUACAAGACCUAUUGGCAAUAAACUGUAUCGAAUAAUCCCAAUCCCAAUUGCGCAAGGAUUCUCGGUUUUUGUUCGUGUGUGCGUGGCUUUUUUGUUUGUUGCAUUUCUCUGCUUCCGAAAACGACCUCGCGAAUCUGAGACUCAGAGACUACAAUUCCCGUGAGCCCUCGGGGCAUCACGUAACGCCUGUCCAGUCUACUGUCACGUAGAGAGAACUCCAUUUCCCAGCGUGCCUCAGGACGCGAGAGCCGCAUUUCGCCAAAAACGUCAGGAGUCGCGUCCCUGAGCGGAAACUGCGGUAGCCAAGGCUGAGCCGAAGCCGAUGCUGAGUGGGCAGCUGGUCGGACGCCUGUUCUCCAUGGCCGGCCGCGUCUGUCUGUCCCGGGGCAGCGCGGGAUCGGGGACCAUCGGUCCUGUUGAGGCCGCCAUUCGCACGAAGUUGGAGCAGGCCCUGAACCCCGAGGUGCUGGAGCUGCGUAACGAGAGCGGCGGCCACGCGGUCCCACCAGGCAGUGAGACGCAUUUCCGCGUGGCGGUGGUGAGCUCUCGCUUUGAGGGCCUGAGCCCCCUGCAGCGGCACCGGCUGGUCCACGCUGCGCUGUCCGAAGAGCUGGCCGGGCCGGUCCACGCGCUGGCCAUACAGGCGCGGACCCCUGCCCAGUGGAGGGAGAACCCUCAACUGGACGCGAGCCCCCCCUGCCUGGGUGGGAGCAAGAAAACUCGAGGAACCCCCUGAACCCCCCAAAAAACGAGGGCGGGGAUCCGAAUGGGUUGGCUGAGAGUUAAACCAGUGGGGCCUUUUUCCCUUCAUUACAGUCAGGUACUGGUAAGGGAUGAGGACCGCUGGGCCCCAUUCAACCUGCACAUAACAUUUCUCUGGAGAUAGCAACUCUUUCAGAUCAGAGCUAACCCAAGGAAAGAGAGUCACACUCCUGCUCUUGCCCUGGACUAUUCAGGAAAAGCUGCCCAGUUGUUUCGUGUUAAAUUGUGACGUAAGGAACCACCAGAUCUGAUGAGUUGGAAAUAAUCCUGUACAUUAAAAGAUAAAUUAUCAUA